CACCACCACAUAUUUAGUGGAUCAAGCCUAGCUAGCUUGUUGUUGAUGACUUGCAAUGGGAUGGCCUUCUUCCAAGCAACAAAUUUCAUGCUCGAAACCCCUUCUCAUGAGGAUGACCAUCAUCAACCUCACAAUACUUCUCUUAUUAGUCCAAUUCCCUCUCCUUGUCCACCCCAAGAUUUUCAUGGGGUUGCAUCAUUUAUAGGGAAGAGAACAUCAUCAAUGUCAUUUUCAGGGGUGGAUUUGUGUGAAGAGGCAAAUGGUGGUGGGGAAGAUGAUUUGUCUGAUGAUGGAUCACAACUGGGGGAGAAGAAGAGGAGGCUUAACAUGGAACAAGUUAAGACACUCGAGAAGAACUUUGAGUUGGGUAACAAGCUUGAGCCUGAAAGAAAAAUGCAGCUUGCAAGGGCACUUGGACUCCAGCCCAGACAGAUUGCUAUUUGGUUCCAAAACAGAAGAGCUAGGUGGAAGACUAAGCAGCUUGAGAAAGACUAUGAUCUCCUUAAGAGGCAAUUUGAAGCUCUCAAAGCUGAUAAUGAUUUACUCCAAUCCCAAAACCACAAACUCCAUGCUGAGAUAUUGGCACUAAAAGGUAGGGAGCCAACAGAGUCUAUCAACUUGAACAAAGAAACAGAGGGUUCUUGCAGCAACAGAAGUGAGAACAGUUCAGAUAUCAAGUUGGAUAUAUCAACAACACCGGCAGCUAUUGACAGCCCAUCAAUAUCUAAUCAUCCAAUUAUUACAAGCAGAUCUCUCUUUCCAUCAUCAUUAAUGAGGCCUACAGGUGGAGGUGGUGGUGGUGCACAGCUCUUCCCAAACCCUUCAAGGCCAGAAAUCCAAUGCCAAAAGGUUGAUCAAAUUGUCAAAGAAGAAACAAACCUUACAAACAUGUUCUGCACCAUCGAUGACCAAUCUGGGUUUUGGCCAUGGCUUGAGCAACAACAACAUUUCAACUGAAGUUUCAACUCUAGUACUCUACAUAAAUAUCCAUUUUGCAGUUUGGAAAAAUUUUACCAUAUUUUUAUGCUUUUUUUGAUGAGUCCAUGUUCUCUUUUUGGUAUAUAAAUUAAGUAAAAAAUUGAGUUUUUUUAUUUGUGAGGGCUCAGGAUCUCUAGAUAUGAUGACAAAUAAAGAUGCUUGAGGAAUCAACUACUUCUCUUACUGGUUAGGAGAGUCUAUUAUCUCUUUCGAGGUCGCCGAUUCCAUUUCUAUCAAGUCUGUACAUAUAUU